GCCACCGCCGCGUGUCGCUUCACUACGCCCGGCAUGCAACCCGGCGCCGCUUGUUUCUUCAAAAUUCGUAUACAUCACAACCGCGCGCCCCUGUGCCGGCGGCGGCAUGUUGGGCGCGCGGCUCAAGUCAUGGAUGGAAGCGCAGUUGGGGCGAGCGAAGAAGCGUAAACAAAAGCAGUCGCGGAUAACCUCGACAACCACGACUGGACCUCUCCCCCCACCUCACCUUUCGUCCCCGGAGAGCGCAUACAGCACAGGGUAUUCUACAGAUGGCACCUCACCGGGCGCGCCACCGGCCACGCUUGCCGCUCCGCUCGUGGCGCCCCCGCCGCCGCCUGCUCCACCUACUACACACCUAUAUCACGAACCUGCUAAGCGGCGAUCUAACGCGUCUUCAAGAAAAUGUGUUCCAGAACCACCUAUAGUAUGUGCAACGCCAUCACCUCGGCCGCGUUGUCGAAUACGUACAAAUCCCUGGCUGGGGGCCACCUCCCCUAACCGCAGACGGCCACAGCACCUGGUGCAUCAGCAGUCGCUUCAGUGUCCACAGCUCCCGCAGUUGCACCACGCCCCGUACUCUCUCGAUUCAUAUCCCGCUAGAUAUGGUUCAAGGUCUCCUCACUUAUCGCCACAUUUAUCUCCGCAUUUAUCUCCACAUUUGUCACCACACAUAUCCCCCGAGCCCCGCUCACCAUAUUAUCGAGGGGGAGCUUCAAGUGACGAGGAAUGUAGAGGAAUGAAAACAAGAGGACGAGAGACAGCUAUCCUGUCAGAUGCUGAUGUGGAUUCAGAUGGAGACACUGGGCUAGACGGUGGGGAUGAAGAUGACGAUGAUGACACUGCGUCACCAGGAAGGCGGCGCGCGAGGCGAAGAAGACCGCCCCGGCGACCACCACGAUCUGCUGGGGCAACACCACCUCGUGUUCGGCGCCGUAAUCAUGCGCCAUCAGCUCCUCCAGUAAGAGAAAGAGAUCCUUUACUCGAAGCUGAUAGAGAAGCUGAAAGAAAAUACCGCGAACUUAUUCGGGAGGCUGAAAAACUAUUGGUGACUGUUUCGAGAGCACCUCUUGAACCGCCACAUAACCCUCGCAUCAGGGAACUAAGAGCUACUGAGGUAGAGGCCCCUCGUCGAAGCCCCGAACGCACCCACAUUACGAAUUUCAUGCGUGCAAACUCUCCCGAGCCAGCACGCCGCCCCUCUCCUCUAGCGCGGCGUUCCCCGCUCGCCGCUCCGCCGCCGCCACCAGUUGCGCCCCGCCCUAGGCAGCCGCUCGAUGGUUCAGACCGGCCGCACUCUGAACCGCCUAAACGAAAGGCAUAUGCCCGAGAUGAGGUGUUGCAAACGCUGGAAGGGCUCCGGAAAAGUUUACAACAACAGUCGGCGCUGCUUGCCGUGCAGCGCACCCGACUGGACUCGCUCUAGCUCUGCUCCUGACCUCUCCCGUCCUGCCAAACCCUAGCUGUAGACUCUACAUCCUUUACGUCACGAUUUGUAGUCUGGGCCGGUUUAUUUGAGUCUUUACAUGUUAUUUAUUUUAAAUUAAAUUAAUAAAUACCACAAUGAUAUUUUAUAUGUGGUUUACCCCUGUGGUCUAGCCGUUAAGCACGCUGUCUUACCUCCUGUGGUUGCGGGUUCGAUUCCUUGUAUGGUACGAACAUGUGUCAUGCAUGAGUAUCAUUAUUUGUAGGGAACUAGAUGUUUUCUAUGUAUAUUAUGUAUAUUCUUACCAAAAAAUAUACUGAAAUACAUUUAUAAGUUGUCUAGUACCCAUAACACGAGCUCCAGUUAGCCUGAUUCUAGAUGACGUGUGUAAAUUUUCCUGGAUAAUUUUUAUUAUUUCGUGUCUAUUUAAUU